ACAAAAAGGGAUGUCAUCAGAUAGAGGUAAAAAAUGGGACGAGAGAGAUAGGAGAGAGAGAGAGAGAGAGAGAGAGAGAGAGAGAGAGAGAGAGAGAGAGAGAGAGAGAGAGAGAGAGAGAGAGAGGAGAGAGAGAGAGAGAGAGAGAGAGAGAGAGAGAGAGAGAGAGAGAGAGAGAGAGAGAGAGAGAGAGAGAGAGAGAGAGAGAGAGAGAGAGAGAGAGAGAAAGAGAGACCGGGAGAAAUGGGUGAGUAGGAGAAUGAGAGAAUGAGAGAGUGGGUGAACGGGAGAAC